AUCGUACUUGGAAAGAGUCUUCUGGUUUUGCCAAUGGCAUGCCAGUUGAGGAUAUUGCUGCAACACGGAUUCAAACUGCAUUCAGGGCGUACAAGGCUAGGAAAACCUUACGUCGUUUGAAAGGUAUAGUAAGGCUACAGACCCUGACCCAAAAUUAUCCUGUUAAGAGGCAAGCUACAACAACAUUGAGCCAUCUUCACUCGUGGAGCAAAAUACAAGCCCAGAUAAGAGCUCACAGACUGUGUAUGGUGACAGAAGGUCGGCUUAGACAGAAGAAAUUAGAGAAUCAACUAAAACUUGAGGCAAAGCUUCAUGACCUAGAGGUGGAAUGGUGUGGUGGCUCUGAAACGUUGGACGAAAUUCUUGCAAGGAUACAUCAGAGAGAAGAUGCAGCUGUUAAGCGGGAGCGAACUAUGGCCUAUGCCUUUUCUCAUCAGUGGAGAGCCAACUCUAGUCAGGGUUAUGGUAAUUAUGAACUUAGUAAAACUAAUUGGGGUUGGAGCUGGUUGGAACGUUGGAUUGCUGCGCGCCCAUGGGAAAGCCGUGUCCCCCCCAAGUCUAUUAGCCCAAAGAAACCCCAGAGUACACAGUCUAGCAAGGUUGGUAGAAAUGUAAGUCCAUUGACACCUAAAACAUCUGUUUCAGUCAAACCUCCUUCGGCUAAUGGGAGGGGAAUCACAAAGGUGGCCCGGAGAUUGUCUUAUCCGGCUGCCGAAAAACCUGCUGCAAAAGAAGGGAGCAUUAAAGCUGAAGAGGCAAACAAUAAGAAAGAACAGUUGGUAUCGUAGCGCAGAUGGAAAUGUGAGGGAAACCCCAUUUUUUAUUUAUGUGCUUCUAUCUGAUUUUUUUGCAUAGUGGAGUGGCUUGGUAGUAAUAUGCUUUGGCCUGCGGUACAGAAUAACUGGAAAGACCUGGAUAUGGGACUGACCUAGCCAUUGUUUCCUCCUUACACUUCUUAUUAUUAUUUUUUUUCCCUAUAAUGUAUAGAUUCAAAGGAAGACAAUAUAUUAUUUCUGGUGUAGAUAUCUGUUGGUGAUGA